UAGAGCUUGGGUAUAUAACCGAGAUAUGUACCAGAGCUCCAAGUCAGGUGAGACGGGGUGAGAAGAUCCUGAAGAUGGCUCUCCAACAGUCUGUGUGCGGGUUCACUGUGAUGAUCUUUCUGCUAUGCACAGGUUGUCAUUCACAGAUGCCUGCUUGUGGGAGAGUUCAAGUCAACACUCGGAUUGUGGGGGGUCAGGAGGCGGCCCCAGGAAUGUGGCCCUGGCAGGCCGUGCUGUUCAGCAACGGUGAAUUCUCCUGUGGGGGGUCACUGAUCACCAAUCAGUGGGUGCUAACAGCUGCUCACUGCCUCUCAAUUGAGGACCUCAACACCACCAGUGUUCAGCUUGGUGCCCAAAACCGCACCAGCGACCCCAACGCCGAGUCUCGAACCCUCGAGGACAUCGUCUGCCACCCCGACUACGACAGUGACACUUAUAACAACGACGUCUGCCUUCUCAAGCUCUCCGCCCCGGUGCAAUUCAACCAGUACAUCCAACCCGUCUGCCUGGCUUCACAGUCCAGCACCUUCCACGAUGGGACUUCCAGCUGGGUCACAGGCUUUGGAGACAAUGGUUUUGGCUAUUCACCUGACGUUCUCCAAGAGGUCAACGUGCCGAUCGUGGGGCCAAAUCGCUGCAGAUGCUACUACGGAGACUCCAAUGAAAUCACCGACAACAUGCUCUGUGCUGGACUCGAAAAUGGAGGAAAGGACUCGUGCCAGGGAGACUCAGGAGGACCCCUGGUGAUUCUAAGAGACUCCACCUGGAUUCAGGGUGGAGUCGUCAGUUUUGGUCAGGGUUGUGCCCAGCCUGAGAAGCCCGGGGUCUACGCCCGCGUGUCCGAGUACCAAGACUGGAUCAGCCAAACCGUUACCGGGAUGGAGCCGAGUUUCGUCACCUACUGGAUGGGGGGCAUGGACAUGGAUCAGCACUUCAUGUGCUCCACAAUGGAACCCCCCAUCGUCACCCCUACCCCCACUGACGACACUUUGUUUGGUGGGGCCGAACACCUGAGCCACUUCACACACAUCCUCUCUUUGUCGGCUCUUGCCGUGUUGCUUCACGUUUUUGUCGGCAGUAUGUAAAACCAACUACCUGAAACCUGGAAAUAUACGCACAAACAGAUUAGAGGCACACUUCUCUUUCUUGAAUACUUCCUGUCAUUGCGCUUCAUGUCAGUUCACACAAAACCACUUCUGACUGAAAAUAGUUCAGCCGAUUGGAAAAUUCUUUUAAAUUAGAUUUUUAGACCUGGUGGACAAAGCACUAACAGGAAGUAAUCAAUAUGUUUACCUUUCAUAUCACAACUUUAUGCUACAAUAUAGAAGGGAGAUUGUGACAUUCACACACAUUGAUUUUGUCUGACUUGUCAGAACACACAAAACUCCAAAUCAAGCAUUGUUCCUUUUUUAAAAAAAGAUGUUUCAUGAUGGACUUUAUGUUUCUAGACUUUUAUGAAUAAAGACACAAUAAAUAUCUACAUAUUGCAACAAUUUCAAAGUUUUAAUUUGUGACAAAAUACAAUAAAAAUAAUAUUAACAAGUGCAACACAUAAGAAACCAGAGGACAAAUGUAAAAAAGAUUAAAUGAGUUUUGUUCCAGUUUUGUUUAGCUAAAGUCUUUAAUUCAACAACAAAGAGCAGAAAUGUCUUUUAUGAGUUUUUGCAGUCAUUGAUAAAAUGGUGAUUGAGCACAGCAACACCGUAAAAAAAAGAAUACAUUCAUAACAUACACACAAACACACACAUUCUGACAUUGACGACACAGCGAGGACCAGGAAAAUCAUCCAAGAAGUGAGGACCAGCCUUUCUGCUUCAUUUACACACGUGCACACACUCAUAUUCUUACACUUACUACAUAGUUAGGACCAGGAAAAUCAUCCAAGAAAUGAGGACCAACCUUUCUGCUUCAUUUAAAGACAUAAACACACCAAUACAUACCCAUAUGCACGCAUAUGCAACCACACACCCCCUCACACACACCCCAUAUGCACCCAUACACCUCCACACAAGCACUCACACACAUACGCACACACACAUGCAUGCAUGCACACACUACAGCCAAAUGUUUAUAAUAAAGAAAGGCUGACUGAGUAUCAUUUUCUCUCACUUGUUCUACUAUAUAUUUUUUAUUCUAUGCCAGAAUAUAAUAAUUUGUUGCUGCUCAGCUUCCUCCACGACACUUUCAUCCCAAUGGAAGUGACAUGGAGGAAGCUUUCUAAAUGUGUACAGUUUGCACAUCUUAGCUCUUCAGGUCUUCGUUUCUCCUGUGGUGACCAGCUUGCUUUCCCUAAACCAGCUAAGGUGGUCCAGAAAUAAAGAUCUUAAAAGCAUGGUCCCUCCUGUACAAGUCUCACGAGAGGCAGAUCUUCGGGGGUAUACUUUACUACAGUUCCAGUUGCAUUAAUUAGAACCGUAAACUGUCACCUUUAUGACAUCACAUCCGUAGGAUUCUAAAUGUAAAAGAAGCUUCUGCUUUCUCUACCCAACCUAACAUUUCUAUAAUGGGCAUUUAUCAGGGAGAAAGUGCACUGAGUUUGGUUGAACAUUAAUUUCUUUACAAAAGUGCUAGUAAAAAAGCAUUUAAUUCAUUUUAUUAUUUAAAAAAAAAUGGUUCUUGGAGGAACUGAAACAUUUUGGACUUUUGGGUUGGAUCAAAGUUUCUCCAGAGCACUUUUACUGACCAACUCCAAUCAUCUUUAUAUAUAUAUUAUAAAAGCCUUCCCAGUGGUCUUUUAAUUAUAAUUGCACUGUUUUUAGCCCAAGUAAAAAAAA